AUGUUUCCUUGCGCUUCUGUUGCAGCAGUUGCUUCGAAAGUCGGCAGUGUCAUGGAUGUGGUCUACGGAGUGUUUGAAGACAGACAUGCGAAGCAGAAGCGAUGUUAUCCAGUCUGCUGCAUUCAGUUGUCCAUUUCCGAGACAUGCAGACGGUGGGAGAAGUGGUUCUAUACGUCUGAAAUUAUGCUGGCGAUUGAAUAUUUGCACAGGCUGAACAUCAUUUAUCGCGACCUGAAGCCCGAGAACAUUUUGCUAGACGCUGAAGGCCAUGUGAAACUCACGGACUUUGGCCUCAGCAAGGAAGGGAUUGAGGACAAUUUUUCAGCAAAAUCUAUGUGCGGUACCCCUGAGUACCUAGCACCGGAAAUUCUAGACAAGCGGGGCCACGGCAAGGCUGUCGAUUGGUACUCCUUGGGUGCACUGAUGUACGAGAUGCUCACCGGGCUGCCUCCGUUCUACACGCGAGACAGGGAUAAGCUCUUUGAGCGCAUCCGGCGGGGCGACCUGACGUAUCCGUCCUACAUCACGUCCAUUGCCAAAAACCUUCUUCAGCAGCUCCUCAUGGGAGUGCAGCGCCCAGACACAUCGGGCAGGUCUGAAGCCAGAGCGAAGUCCUUCGCAUCCCGCCGCCCUGAAGAAUUGGCCCAAAGGCUGCAAGGCGGCUCGGAGAGUUCCACGCAUGGAGUUUGGUCAACAUCGGCCACAGCCAUGGCACUGGAGCUCUGCCAGAGCAUCCUCCGUGGAACAUCAUCCCAAGCCACACUGUUGCAGCUGCUCAAACUUCCGGAGCGUCAACUUUCAAUCGUGGAGCCUUCGAGACUUUGUCGCGUGGUUUGGCUUCUGGGGAAGCAGCUCAAGAAGCAACCGGGAGCUGAUAUCCAUGAAGAGCCGGCCACUGGCAAAAUCCGUCCAGACGACAUAGGUCGGAAGCUGUUGCUUCAUCUGCGGCCCUUGUUGCAUUGCACCUCCAGCAAGGAUGUGGGGAAUGUUGCGUGGGCCUAUGCAAGAGCACACCUACUGGACGGUGACUUCAUGCGGAUUCUCUUGAGAUCCUACCAGGACUUCCCUCCCGGAGAUGCCGUGGCCUUGGCGAACCUUCUUUGGGCUGCAGCCUUGGCUGGUGUGGCACCAGAAUCAUUGCGAGCUGCGCUGGGAAAAGGGGCCGCGUUGCACGCGUUGGAUCGUCUGCAGGGAGCAGAAUUGGCUCGCUGCCUUUGGGCGCUGGGAUCCGUUCGACUUCGACAUGAUCUGUUUCUGCGUGCCCACGAGCUUUCAGCAAAUGCGAAGACCCAGGAUUUGUCCAACGUACUCUGGGCCUUGGCACGUGUCCAAUCUUCAAUUCCAGCUGUCCUGUUGAAGGAGCUUGAGGGUCGAAGGCCACUGGCCAUGAGCGAACUGGUUGCUUCCACCUGGGCUCUCGCGGAGCUCCGUUUGGCUUCCAGCGCCAUCUGGCCGAGCGUCACGGAAUCUCUGGAGCUCUACCCACGCACUUCGCGUGCAUCGAGCUCGCUCUUGCGAGCACAUGCUGUAAUCAUGGCACCACCGCCACCGGCACUUCAGAAGCUUGACCUCCAAGGUGCCAGCCCGCAGACCCUCGCCAACUCACUCUGGGCCCUGGCCAAGUUGCAACUCUCAUUCAGUGUCGAUGAGGUUGAAGACGUGUUGCGAUUUCUAAACACGCAACCGAGCGCUUUUAAGCCCCAAGAAUUCAGCAGCUGCCUCUGGGCGAUUGGGAGCAUGGACAACGAGGUUGCCGUGGUUGCAUUUUUUGAGAAACUGCAGCCUCCAAAUUUCCAGUGCUUCGAGGAUCAUCACCUGUCGCAGGUGGCCUGGGCGUUCGCUUCUGCUGGGGUGGGACGCGAAGAUGUGAUGAACCCACUCGCUGAAGAGAUCGUGCAGCGCCAAAGCUUCGGCCUGCAAGCCCUGGCGAAUAUCAGCUGGGCCUAUGCUUCUCUGGACAUGAUGGAUGUCACGCUUGCCACGCACUUGCUGACGGUGACAGAGAGGCUUUUAAACAGCGCGACCGUACAGGAUGCAGACUCGUUGCUCGGACUCCUUUGGGCUCACCGGAGUCGCGCCGAAGGCCAAGCUACGCAUGGCGAGUCCGUGCUUGCUAUCGCAAAUCGGCUGCGCCAGCUGGGCAUGGAUUUGGAUGCGAGGCGGAGCAAGACUCAGAAGCUGCAGAGAAUCAGUGAACCAAAUCGUGCUGAGACGGAUAGCGAGCCCAGGGUAGUUCUGCAAGUGCCAGGAGUUGUGGUCCUCUUCAAGCCUUCAGAUUGGGAGGUAGACACAGGAGGCACUACACAUGGUAAGGCUCUGUCUGGCUUCAGCCAGAUGUUCGGUCUCGGACUCGGUGAAACUCCCGGCUUCAUCAGCCGGCUCGAUACUCCUUCGAGCGGUCUUGUAUUCCAGGCCACAAGCUUUGAGAGCCUUUUCGUUCUGCAAGCACAGCGAGAGCUGGGAGAUCUGGAACGGGACUAUGUGGCGCUGUGCUUAGGCUGGGUGCCAGGCGAUGGUGAGAUUUCCCUUCGGCUGCGGAAGGUGGGCCAAACAUCUGUUGUGUCAAGCUAUGGGCGACCUGCGCUGAGCAGGGUGAAGGUUCUCGCGCACCUGUCUCAUAUUGGGCAGCAAGUCUCCUUCAUCGCAAUUCGGAUCGAAUCCGGCCGCAUGCACCAGAUUCGAGCGCACUUGGCACACUUAGGCUUCCCAGUGUGUGGGGACAUGCGAUACAACCCGGAAGGGGCAGCGAAAUUCCGAGUGGGGCCCGGGAGGCCCGCGUCCGGAUGGCCCAGUGGCCACUGUCUACAUCGUUACCGCGUAGCCUUCAACGACCUCGCUGGGCAGCGCCAAGAGGUCAUUGAGCCGUUGCCGCGGCAGCUGUGCUCGUUUCUUGAGGGGCUCCAAGAGCACCAGGGCGGCGAGAAUCUAAAGGCGUGGCUUUCCCCCUCUCCGCUUCAGCCUCUUCAGAGCUGGGAAGCUCUGCAUAGAAGCUGGGUGCCUUGUGAACCAUUGCCUGCCGAAAAAGGCGAUCCAGCAAGGCGAAGAGACAACAUAGACUGGAGAAACGGAGCUUCAGAGAGCCACCAGAAAUCUGCUAAGGAUCCGACCAAAAGACUUGGUGGUGGCCCCAAA